AUGUUAUUUACCAACACGUGUCAGGGCUCUGCAAUUCCUGGCGACGCAGAAAUCGUCGAGAUAGAUGAUGAUAGCAAUGAAGAUGUCGAUGAUAACAUAUCUUUCUCAAAGGAAGACGUAGAAAUGCGUGCAGAGUCAGAAAUAGACGGAGACGAAGAUGAAGCGGGAAAUGAAACCGAGCAUGAAAGCCGCAGGAUUGAGUAUGAAGAGGACAUGGCCAAAAGUGGGAGUGUCGAUCUUCAUGAAAUUCAAGAGUAUGAUGAUGAAGAGAGUUGCCACUACUUACGGAACAGUGAGGGAGCCGAGGACGUCACCGAAAAGGACAAAGUAUUGAACAGGAUUAGCUCCAUCGCACAACGAGUUCCAAAUUUUGGGAUAAGCAACGACGAUCCCAUUUCCCGAGCCUCCAAUUUUAUCACUUCCAAUAUUUUUAGCUUGGGCAUCAACCAAACCUUACAUCCGCUUCAAGACAUUGCUGAACGUGUACUAAAACAAAUGGAAUCAUUUGCGCUCAAUUUAGAUCAAUUUAGACGACAAUCUCCAGGUGCCAAUGAGACGCAAACUUUUCGCGAAGCUUGUAAACUGGCUAAAAACUACCAGCUAAUUGCGGAAAAAAAUGUCCGCGACAUAUCGAAGGCUAGAAGUGCCAAAAAACCUAACAAGUUGGCUUCAAAUAAAAUCGAAGACAAACCCUUGGAAGGUGAGGUAAGGGAACAAUUAACACGUUGGCAGCUUGAGGCGGAAACUUGGGAUUUGUUACAUCAGCUCCUAUCCGUAGCAGAUCCGGUCUCGCGGGAACAGGCCAGACACGCUGAAAAAACCGUUUUCCACUCUCUUCAUAGAUACUCCUCCGAUCAUGAGAUUUGGGAACAGUUUCUCGAAGCUGAUCAUUUUGCUCGCGAGAAUGUGAUCAUCCUCCAAUGGCUUGAGAAAACCGCGAGCUCCACCGCAGAGCUAGAUACUAUCAUCUCGGAAUUAGAGCAGGAAGCUGACCGAGUUCAAGGGCUAUGGGCUUAUGGUUGGCUCUAUACAAAGGAAACAAUUAAGGGAGCAAAAAGAUUACGGUCUUGGCCACAACCUCUAGAACCAGAAGAUAGUCGAAUCACCUCGUCUUUAAUAGGCUCGGCCAAACGGUCACCUUUGAUUACCCAACUUGAUCCUGAUGCCGUCAUACGACAGGGCUUGGGACUGCAAAAGCAGGAUCAGUUCUACGAACAAGCCGCUUGGAUAAAAUGUUGGAAGAUGCUACGAUCCGGCCAAAGCUGGAGCGACAUCAGGGCGUGGUCGUACGAACGUCUCGAAAGCUGGAGAGCGAUGAGCGUUUCUGGAUCAAACCCGAUGUCGAAGGCCGGAAGCGCUGUUGAUAAUGGCCUAGGUCGAAUGAUGUGCUGCAGGUCUCAAGAUUCCUGGAGAUCUGCGUGCUCUUUUCUUGCGAAUGAUUCUCGAGCUGACCGGUAUGAAAAAGCCGUCUACGCUUUGCUUUGUGGCGAAACAGAGUCAGCAUAUGCGGUAUGUCAAAGCUGGGGAGAUUUACUUUAUGUCUUUUAUAAUCAUCUUGUCUUGGACCGUUACGGCAACUUUUGUCAGCAAUUCCUCCGAAAAUUAAACUCUUCAGCCGACAUGAACGUGUUCGUAAAAAUCGAUCCUCCCAGACACGAUGAUAUCCUAAAGUUCUUGGUGGGCAUGAAAACAGACAAGCGAGUAGCACAGGAGGCCAAGAAUCCAUAUCGUCAAAUCCAAGCUGCGAUUUUGAGCCGGAACUUCGAUCACUUGUUUUAUCACCAUGCCAAUGCCUUGUUGAACAUCGCAAAUGCCCCAAAUGGAUCCACCCUUAUGCCUAGGAUUGACCCAACUAUGAGCGUCGAUGACCCCGUGUUGAUCAUAGCAAACGAUCAAUCCUCAUUACGAAUUAUUGCCCAUUUAUAUCUACUCUUGAGCAAGGUUGGCAUUGUACGCGGCGAUACGUACUUCUGCAAUAUUGUUGCUAUCAAUGUGGUUAGAUAUAUUGAGUUUCUCCGAGAAAAUGGUAGAACUCAUUUGAUACCACUUUACUCAUCAUUGCUACCCCGAGAAACUGGUCACACGGUUCUCGGCAAGGUCUUGAUUGAUGUAACUGGAGGAGAUGAACGACAGAAUUUGGUUGACCGGUUGAGAGCUAUUGGGGUUGACCUGGCUGCCGUUUUGAGAAGUCAGUGGACUUGGGCCCUAUCGGAAGCUGGUCCUGAUAUACAGGAUCAUAUUAACAUCGCCGGAAAAUUUGUCGAAAGAAAUAGCAGCCCGGAAGGUGUUUGUGCUUUGCCUGCAAAUAUUUUUGGGGACGACGUUUCUUUACAGCAAGAGCGACUGAUUCGUUGUUUGGAGUGGCAUCGGUUUAUUGGUACUGAUUGGCCGGCUCUAUGUUUGAACGGGGCUUAUUUGUAUACGCGGUUCUUGAGGAACGGGGAACUGUCGGCUGCGCGAGAAUUGUACCGACGUGUACAUAUUUCAAGCUUGCCGGUACCGCCUGAAUUCAGCGUAAUAUCGCUUUCCCGAAAUGCUGAAGUCUGGUGUAAUCGUCAGCAAUUGAAUGGUGGUGGACCGAUUAGCCCGAGAAGAAGUCGCCGCUCCAUGAGUCCUCUUAAAUCGGCUGUACAGCAUCAACGGCAGCGUUCUUUUUUCAACCCGAAUGCAAUGAAUGCGGAACAACUCUCAUUGAAGAUGCAAAUAGUAGAAGACCUGGAAGCUCUCGUCAAAAUUUUUGAGGCCAUAGAAACGUGGGGCAAUCUUUCCAACGAGUACUUGCAGCUAUCUAAUCCAGAUGGGAAAAGAGCGCUCCAGCACCAGCUGCAAAGAGCCAUCGAUACUGUGACCGACGCCGUGAACCCACUUUGCCAGGAUUGGCUUUGUCAGCUAGCCAACGAAGAACGCGCCGAGCUUGAGAUGAUCCGAACGGCCUACCUCCCAGAAAUUAUUCUUCUAUAUCAUAAUUCUUUAUACUUUGCAGGAUGCACGAUUGGUCGGGAGGUCCUUGCUCAGUGCAUGACGCUUGCGAUUGCUGUUGCUGGGUCCUCAUCACUUACAGAGUGCUUUGUAUCGGCCGGCCGCAUGAGUGAGCUUGUUCGAGCUCUAGCUAUGUCAAGUAUGGCGGUUCUAGCAAUCAAAGAUCCCAAAUUGAAGAAGAAGCUGCCACGAAACGCGACUCUUGGCAUUUGGAAGAUUGAACCAAUCGAGGACGAUGCUACCGGCCUUACUCUCCUAUGGCGAAAAGACUAG